AUGAGUGACUGCGAUUGUGGUGACUGCGAUUGUGGUAACUGCGAUUGUGGUGACUGUGACUGUGGUGACUGUGACUGCUGUGACUGCUGUAGCGGUGGUGAUGGCGGCAGUGGAGGCGACGAUCAUUCAGAUUUGUCCUGUGGCUGUUUGAACGUGUGCGUAUGGUGCUGUGUCAAUGACACUGCCGAAGACGCUCUGGCAGUUAGGGACAGGCGCAAUAAAAGAGCGCAGAACGUCAACGGAGCUCAACCUCUGGUCCCUCUACAACAGCAACAGCUGCUACAACAACAACAGCGACUACAAGAAGCGCCCCCGCAGCAACAGCAGCCACCUCAACAUCAGCAGCAAUCGCAACAUCAGCAGCAGCCGCAAUACCAGCAGACGACUUAUGAUGUAAUCAGUCGGGAAACUCCCCCUCCACCUUACAGUGAAGUUGUUACCCUGCAGCCAUGA